CCAGUUUUGCAGUCCCCCCCCCCCUCUCACUAGCAGCCAGUGCGGCUCUGAGCAGUAGGAAACCUGCUAGUGAGUAGAGCACCGGUGGAGCUGCAGUGGAGCAGGACACACGCCUCAGGGAGCCCGGGCUGGGAGACUGCCGGACAGAGUUUGCUGGGGCAUGGAAAAAAUGUACCAUCCUAACAUGCGAAGACCAAAUUGAUCACGUUACUGAGCAGAUGUUGAUUUCUGCUCAAGUCUUGAACUCUAAAAGACAUUACCCGCCAGAGUUUCUUCACAUUUGCCAGAUAAUUUUGUCUUCCCUGAGCUAAUGGCUCUCACAUGCUAGCAAAGUCUAAUCUCUUAACUGUCGCACAUCUGCCGGGGGCUGCCUCUUCAUUUGCCUGAUGCGAAGUGGAGCUGCAGGUUUACUUUUAGUGAACAAAGCUUUUUGGGCAUGGCUUUUAAUGUGGCUUUUAAUGCUCUCUAUUUGGUCUUGUGUACUGCAUUUGGGGCUGCAGAAUUUGGACCAGCACCGAGGAUCACAUGGCACCUUAAAGAAACCAAUUUGAUGCAUUUUCAUGUGUCGGGCAUUUCCAAUUAUUCCACUUUAUUGCUUAGUGAAGAAAAGGAUGUUCUUUAUGUUGGCGCCAGAGAAGCCAUUUUUGCUGUUAGUUCACUGAAUGUUGCAGAGAAGCUACAUGAGGCUUACUGGAAAGUCUCUGACGAAAAAAAUAACGAGUGUGCAUGGAAAGGCAAGUCUAAGCAGACUGAGUGUCUCAACUACAUUCGAGUAAUCCAGCCUCUAAAUGACAAGACUCUGUAUGUCUGCGGAACCAAUGCCUUCCAGCCUACCUGCGACUAUUUGAACUUAACUGACUUUCGGUUGUUGGGUAGAAAUGAAGAUGGUAAAGGCAGAUGCCCCUUUGAUCCUGCACAAAGCUACAUUUCUGUCAUGGUUGAUGGAGAACUUUAUUCUGGGACCUCCUUUAAUUUCCUGGGAAGCGAGCCUAUUAUAUUUCGACACUCUUCUCAAAGUCAAUUAAGAACAGAAUAUGCUGUGCCUUGGCUUAAUGAGCCAAGCUUUGUGUAUGCUGAUGUGAUCAGAGCUCCUGCAAACAAUCCAGAGGGAGAUGAUGAUAAAGUGUAUUUUUUCUUCACUGAAGUGUCAGUUGAAUAUGAAUUUUUUAGUAAGCUUCUAAUUCCAAGAGUAGCCCGAGUGUGCAAGGGGGACCAAGGUGGGCUGAGGACGUUGCAAAAGAAAUGGACUUCAUUUCUUAAAGCCAAACUCAUUUGUCAUUCAUCCGAAAAUAAUUUGAUUUUUAAUGUUGUCAGUGAUGUAUUUAUCCUUAAACAUUCUGACUCGUCAGAACCAAAGAUCUAUGGCGUUUUUACCUCUCACUUAAACAAUGUUGGUUUAUCUGCUGUUUGCGCUUACAAUGUGUCUACUGUGGAAGAGGUGUUUGCCAAAGGAAAAUACAUGCACAGUGCCACUGUGGAACAGUCCAACACCAAGUGGGUGCGCUAUAAUGGAGAGGUCCCUAAGCCCCGACCUGGAGCAUGCAUUAACAAUGAAGCCAGAGCAAUGAAUUACACGAGCUCCCUUAAUCUGCCGGACAUGACUCUCCAGUUUGUUAAGGAUCACCCCCUAAUGGAUGACUCGGUGAGCCCAGUCGGCAACAAACCAAAGCUUGUGCUUCGAGAUGUCAUUUAUACCCAGAUUGUGGUGGACAGGGUAAAAGCACUAGAUGGCAAUAGCUACGACAUCAUGUUUCUCAGUACAGAUAAAGGCAUACUGCACAAGGCUGUCAGUCAAGAUGCGGAAAUGCGAAUUAUAGAGGAAAUUGUGCUGUUUCCUCAUCUACAACCAGUGCAGACCUUGCUGCUUUCUAACAAGGAGGGGAAAAGAUUUAUCUACGCAGGCUCCAAUACUGGGGUAGUCCAGUCUCCCCUUGCUUUCUGUGAGAAAUUCACUUCCUGUAAAGACUGCAUUCUGACCAGGGAUCCGUAUUGUGCUUGGCACCCAGUGAAGCGCUCUUGUGUUAACAUUUUGCAGGACAGCACUGCUGACGGGAGCUUGAUACAAAAGUUAAAUGGAGAUGCUUCUCAGUGUCCAGAUUCUGCUGAAAUCCAGAAAAGUAUGAAGCACACUGUGAAGUCGAGAAGCACGGUGGAACUGAAGUGCUCUCAAAAAUCUAAGCUAGCCAAUCUGGUGUGGCAAUUCAGUAACAAAACCCUGAAGGCUGAACUGCCCAAAUAUCAUCUCCUAGAACACGCUCUAGUCAUCUUCAACAUCACAGAUCACGACGCUGGUAUUUACGAGUGCGUGUCCCAAGAGGAGGUGGGGAAUAUAAAGGUUUCCCAAGUGCUGAUAAAACAUGUGAUAGAACUAGAAAAAGUGCCCACCACUUUGAAGAGCACCGCCCAUCCAUACACACAGACUGAAGCUAAAUCUCAAAUUACCACAAUUCCGGCCAAGGUUCUUGAUUUUUCUACGUGGAAGAAAACUACCGCUCAGAUUUUAACAAGCCCUGUUGCCUUUACAAGUGUGAGUGCUAAAAUACAAGAAAGCACUACCCCAUUAACAGAAAUGCACAGUAAAGUUCCUGAGGUUCAAAUAGAGAAAGCAAUGUACUUGACAAAGCCAAGUGACUGUUCCCUUCUUAUCUUCCUGGUCUUGUUGUUUGGGCUGUUGUUUAUGAUUCUGUUGGUUUACAAUUGUUACAAGGGGUUCCUGCCCAACUGGUGCUUGCGCAUCCGCACUUUUCUGUUCUCUGGCAAGCAAAAAGCCCCUCCUGAUUUCCCCGACUGUGAGCAAGGUGUAAAGGAAAACUUGGUUGAGUCAAAGCUUACUCCCAGUCAGUAUGACGAUACUCAAAAGAUUCCUCAUGACACAGGCUAUGAGACAGAACUGGACUAUGGAAAUGGGACUGUCCCACACACAGGGAAAACAGACGAGGAUCAACCAUUUGAUGUAAAAUGUGAUCUCAAAUAUGCAGAUUCUGAUGGUGACUGAGAGGGGUGUUAUUGGGAACACAUAUUUUUAUGCUGUAAACCUGCUGAACUGCCUAUAAGAGGGACCAUGCAGUCAAGCUUCAAUCCAUUCUGUGAAAGAAACAAUCCUUUUUUCUUUUAAAUAUACAAUUUUUAGCAGCAUUUUCCCUGGAUCUAAAUGUAGCAUAGGUUGCAAGCAGACAUGCUAGUUCCAUUUGUUUCUUACCCAAGUUUUAUUCCAGUUUUGUUUUUAUGUUGAUGAUAAUGAAUGCAAAGGGCUGAUCCAGCAUUAACGCAUUUCAACACUUGCUGCAACUUAAUUUAAAAUUAAUUCCAAAUUGGAAACAAAUCUUAGUUUAUCAGAUUGGUAAGGAGCUUGUAGACAAAACCCUAAUAGGGUCUGAUCUUUUCUUUUAGUGCUUAACUGUGCACUUUUAUCCAGUGGGCAACACGGCACUAUCCAACUGGUGGAGAAAUGCUUUCCGCUCUGUUCUUGUUUUUAGGGCCUUAGGUAUUCUUCUGUACAGCCUGCCACGGAUUCAUUUCCUUCUGCUUGGGUGCAGCUCUGGCUACUUUCUGUUCAUUUCUCAGGGAAAGGCAACUUCUCCGGCUAGUUUUGUUUUUCUACAGUAAAAUGAAUAUGGGACCUUUUCUGGAAAGAGACUAGAGUUAAAAGGGCAGUGGCUUAUUAAAAAGUUUUACGGUACACUCUAUGUUGCACAGAAAUAUUCAUUGUUUAUUGAAAAUGGAAUUUAUGGGAAAUAAUAUCCAGUUUCACCAAACUGUGUCACUAUGAACUAUUUGCACAAUGGGACUAAACUGAUGCUGGAUGCAUUCCCUGCCAUUCUGAAGAGAUUUCUAUUUGAACGCUGUCUCUCUAUCCGACAGCUGAUUUCUACAUUGAGCCACAUGAAACAUGUUACUGGAAUGAUCACCUGAGCCAAGGCAACAAUAAUAUCCCUGCAAAAAUCAACUUAAUUGUACUGUUUUGAAUUCUGCUUGUCUUACCACUGGAAGAAACCUGCAGGGACAGGAGCCGCGGAGGACAAACCCGCCCGCAGCAGUUCUUGUUUAAAGGCACAGCUUGCUGUAUUACAGACUCCUUAGCCCCUAAUAUUUAUGCAAGUGACAGCCUUGUUUUUAAAAGAAGAAGAAAAAAAAAACACUGUAAUGUUUAAUUGUGGAUGCUUCCUGAAAAAAAAAAAAAAAAAAAGAACCGAAUUUUAUUUUUCUAUCGUCAAUUCUGUAUAGAUGUAAAAAUCUAUAAAGUCUUAAUAAAGUAUUAUUUUAUUGGUUUAUGAAACAA